ACCAUCAAAAUUCUAAAAACAAAAACAAUACAUUACUGUUAAGUGUAACCUAUUAUUCGAAAAUGUUAUUUGGAAGGUGGUAUUAUAUCUCAGAUCUGUGACUUAUAUUUUGUAAUCAAAAAUAAGCAAAUAUGAAAUUAAAAAAAAACUGCAUUUUAAAAAUACUCACAGUCUUACUCACAUAGACUAGAUAGUCUUACUAUGUUAGACUGUCUGAUUCGUUAGUAAAGAGAGCAUGAAUUAAUUUUAAAAUCUGUGAAGUGGUUGCAUUAGUGCUAAUUAGUUGUUACUGUAACCUUUGAGAUAUUGAUAUAUUUGUAAAUUAAGUUGUAAGAAAAAUAUUUUUUGGAUAAAAUUUUGAAGUUGUUUUGUUAUAAAAUAUGGCUAUGAACCCCACUAAGUUUUUUAUUAAGGAUAUUAUUAAUAAGCCUACACCUUUAGAGGUAUGGGUUCAAGGAACUAUUGAACAAGCCGUUGGGAAUGAUAUUAUAAUAUUGAUCAUUUCUGAUUCUUCUGGUCGAGCUAAAAUUGUGAAAUGUGAGACAGCUGAUGGUGUAAUUGAUAAAAGUUUAUUAAAAAAAGGUGUUUACUGUUGCAUAAUUGGCAUAGCUGUUAAAACUAAAGGACUACCAGAAAUUGAAGCAACAAAAUUUGUUGACCUGAGUUCUCAGCCACAUAUGAAAGCAGCUUGGUAUGAUGAAGUAAGAGAAGCAGAACUUCUAAUACACGGAAAAAUAAAACCCAAUAUUUAAAA